AUGGGGGACCCAAACAAAUUAAUCGAUCGUAUGUACAGAAGAGCCGAAAGACAACGCAGAAAUGCCAUAAACAAUACAGAUGAAGUGGCUGAGGAUGUUAUAAAUGAAGAAAGAUCAGCUCUGCAUACUGCCAGAGGAGCUAACAACUCAUAUAGGAGUUAUUAUAUUACUACGGAAAGAGAGCAUCCUGAUUCUAGGGACUACCGAGAGUCCAGUUCCGAGGGAGAUGCUCCCAUCUAUAAAUUAAAUCCGCCAGAGGAUCCCAAGGAUCCUGAACCGGAAUGCAAUCCUUCCGAAAGAUGCCCAAUGUCCCCUUCGGAAAGUGGAGACAAGACUUUGCUUUAUAUAAUCGCAGGAUAUUUUGUCGGAAUAUUAAUGGUACUAAUGUGGUACUACCGAAAUCCUGAAAAGGCCUGCCGGGAUCUAAAUGGAAAAUGGAUUUUCAUUUUAUUGUUUUUUCUCUUAUUGCUCAUUUUGGUUCAGAGACGUUCAGCAAGGUGCAUUGCAGCUUUAUGUUUAUCCAGCCUAGCAAGCUAUCAAUUUCGAGCUGUGAUAAUGGGCUUAGCUUUUCUAGUGGCUUGUUCGGGACCUGUAAAGAAUAUCAUUCACAACAUUUGCAUUAUGGCAAACUCUAUGUCCUGUGGUCAAAACUUACUCAUACAGGCUUUAAGGCUGAUGCAGCGUAUAAUAUAUGAUCCUUCGCAUUCGGUGGAAGAGUCCCUUCAGUCAACUUUGACUGAGGUGCGCAGGCUGAUGGAUAAAUUAGACAAGCUUUUGCUAAAUCUGGAGAGACCCAUAGCUCAAAUACAUGCUACCUAUAAGACCUGCGCCGAUUGGUUGGUCCUGCAAAAGGAUCAAUUUGACUUCAAGAUGGGUACUCCCUAUAAUCGCUGUUUGAAAGCAGGCAACUUGAGUAUUACUCAGUGCCAAAGGGAAUUUCGCAAAGAAACCAAAGAUUGUUGUAACCAAGAGCGCUUUGCUUGGUUUUGUGAAAGUUUAAAGGGCCUGAAAAGCUUUUUCGAUGAUAAUCUUCAAUGGUCUCAGGUGGUCAUAGAGGAAAUAUUUCAACGUUUGCAGCUUUGCUUUAUGAAAAUCCGAUAUAUUUUCAUAACCUCUAUUAGUUUUGAUCAUAAGUUGAAAUUGAAUUCAACAAGUUCACUAGCCUUUUAUAAAGAUCAGCUGACCGAACAGGAUAUAACCAAAAACUUCGAGUUGCAGCGGCACAAGUUCUUUUUUAUCUUUCUUUGGCAUGAUUUGGUUAUUUUCAUACUUCUCCUACUACUAAUCCUUCAAUCUCUGAACUUUUGGUUUCGGUAUUUGGCCAGUGAAAGAUAUGAAAAUGUUUAUAUAACCAAGGGUUUUGAGAACUAUGAUGAUCAGCACUAUGAGGUUAUGGGAGUAAGAGCCUUGCCCCUAAGCAAUUGUGAAGAGAAUCUAUACGUGAAGAUAAAUUCUAGGCGUCUUCUGCCCAAAGAAAUCAGUACGGUUUGCCGUUCAUGGAUGUUUUUGAUGAUCACAGGCAUUCAGCUUUUCUCCAUUUGCUUUGUGGACUAUAGUCUUUAUAAUAUGCUGACUUUAAUGUCAUAUCAUGGACAUAUGACUGCUGAACUUCAACCUCCAUCCUAUCAAAAAAUUGUUAUUAAAGGUGGUGGUAAAAUCGGUGACAUUUUGCGAGAUCUCGUUCACGCUUUCGAGCCUAAAGCAUUAAAAAUAAAUACCCAAAGAUGCCUUCCAAUCCCCGCGAAGCCGAAAUAUCUCCGAUAUUUUUGGAUAUUAUUGCUAUAUUUGCUGGCCUGGUUUAUGGUCUUUUGGGAGCCAUAUGGCCUACGCCAAAGACACCGUAUUAUGAUCUACUUUUAUCCCGAGGAAUCAAGUCGAAGAGCUCACGACCUUCACUAUACCAUUUUGAAAGAGAGAAAGAUUGUAUUUGAAGAGAGAUGUAAGAAAGCUCGUUUAUUGAACGCUUUUGAGAAUAACACACCAUUGGUGUCCUGGUUUAAUAGUCGUCUUAAAGGAUCUGAUAAUGUUCCCUGUGAUUCUCCAACCUGCAGGGGUAUUUACUGUACGAUGUGCUUUCAGGAGUGCAACAAUUUAUGUAUUUUAUGCAGUUCCCGAUACGACAAUGAUAUAUUGGAACUUGGACAUUCCUCUGACGAACAGGAUGAUGAUUUUUGCAGCCUUGAUAAUAUAGCCCAGCAACGAGAUAAGAAAGCUUAG